GGAGUUAUCUAAGAAUGAAGAUGAAGUUGUUUAAUAAAUUCACCAUUAUUUAUUUUCAAUCAAAUUAAGUAGGUAUUUAGUCCGGUUUUUAUGGACACAAGUCGGUAAUUGACAGUUAAAGACCGAAACUCUUGAUGUUUCCAAAUACCUGUCAAUGAAACUAUGCGAACGGUAAAAUUAAUCAGUCUUUAAGAUUAACAGAGGUACUCCGGAAACCGUUAAAAAGUAUCCGGAAAUAAAGAAUGCACUUUAUUCACCAAUAAAAAGAACCCAGAAAGCAGGUGGAACAAAUUAUUGACCUUGCGAGAGUAUUACGUUCACCUUAUCAGGUGUUUGGGGGAACAUUUACUUAAUCUAUCGGUUAGGAGGAACUGUGUAUACUUUGUUUUGUAAUGGAAAUCAAAUUACUUAUUUAUUAUUUUCUUUUGCCGUUUGUUUAUAACCAGGGAUCAGUAGUGUCCGCACCUACAACAAAUGAACCUACAACUUCGACAGAAAAACCCAAAAGAACAUUUCUAAAAUGUCUAUCAUGUAAUGAUGUUGACACUGUGGAUGCUUGCACAGAAGAAAGAGCAUGCGCCCCGGGUCAGUUCUGUUUCCUUGACAAAUACUCUGUAUUUGUAAGAGAUUCGCACGGAAACGAUAGGGAAAUUUUCAAAUACAAUGCAGGAUGUCGUAGCACUUCGAUAUGUCACAUUACCCAGUGCAAAGAAAAAGAGAGUGGGUUCAGUUACAAUGGAAGUAACCAUACUCUGAGAUCAAGGAGAGCCAUAACUCCGAUCCACUGUACACAGUGUUGUAAGACCGACCGAUGUAAUCUGGACCUUUGUGGCUUUAAGAAAACUGGUGCCGACGCAUUGAGAUGUUAUUCUUGUUCCGAUAUCAGACAUCCAAAAGAAUGUAAUGACGUCAUCUACUGCCAGCCGAAUGAGAAAUGCCUAAUCACAAAAGAAAUACGUAUAAACCCCGACGGAACACUUAGUCCCGUGUAUCAGCAGCGAUGCGAACGGAAACAGUUGUGCAUAGCUGUUCAUGAACACAAUAAAAUUCCAACGCCAACCAGUGCCACAACUACAGCCGCUACAACCACCGCCACCACCACAGCCGCUACAACCACUGAAGAACCACAAACUACCACCAUUUCUACCACCACCACCACAAAGAAAGUCGUUGAACUGACUCCUCCCCCAUUGUUUAGAUCACUCGGUCGAUACCGUCGCAGUCACAACUUGAUACAGAUAGGAGCGGACUGCUGCGAUGAUGACUACUGCAAUAAUUUUGAAAUCGGUGGACCAGUUCACAAUGACCAAGAAUUAAUCUCACUGCCCGAUAGUUACGUAUGUCCAACAACCACUACACCAAUAAUAAAUUUUACCAUGCCAAUGACAACAACAACAACAGCUAAGCCGACUACAGAAUCUACAACACAAAAACCAACAACUCUAAAAACAACUCCAUCAACAAAGACAACACCCAAAGCAACUACAACAGUGACAACAAGUACCAUACCAACAACAUCAACGACUGCAUCAACUACAGCACCGACGACAACAGCAGGCACAACAACAACAGAAUUGACAACAGAAUCUCCUACUACAAUAACACCGACUACUGUAGCACCAAAAACAGCAAUACCAACAACUGAACCCCCGACAACAAUAAAAACAACACCGACGACAAAACCGACAACAACAACACCGACGACGACUACAACAACACCGACCACAACAACAACAACAACAGAACCAACCACAACAACGACAACACCGACCACAACAACGACAACACCGACCACAACAACGACAACACCGACAACGACAACACCGACGACGACAACGACAACACCAACGACGACAACACCAACAACAACAACUCCUAAACCACCAACUUCUUGUUAUCUGUGCAAUGGUAUGCCUAUCUACAUUUGUGAACAAUUCUCCACACCUCUACAGUGUGCUACAAGUGAACAACAGUACUGCCUGAAUAUUCUGGUGAACAACAGAGACGGGUCAAGGACAUUAGACAGAAAAUGUGCAACAAAAGAUGAGUGUAAAACCAAGUGGUGGGACCAGACCUCGGAUAGACAAGAAUGUUCUGGAUACGAUCCUUCAAGUUAUACCGCGCAAUAUUUCACCUGCACCUUUUGUUGUUCAUCUAGCCAGUGUAACAAAAAUAUAGUCCCAGAUAAUCUGUAUGUGCCAGAUCAGCAAUAAUUAACACUACAAAAUAUAUACACUCUUAAUGUGAUAGAGGUGGUGCAAGAAAAAAUGCAAAAUCAAAAUAACUGUACAUAUUUCAUAUCAAUGAACAAAAUGUGUUUUACCAAAUAUAAUCACAUGGAUAUUUUAAACAGAUCUUAUUCUUUCAUUCUAACCUGUUUUAAUG